UUUUAGCUGAAGAACGAAGAUUGUCUGCUUAUUUUCCCCAUGAUGUCUGUCUGAGGACUAAAACCAUUAAACAAGUCUAAUGUCUGGCCUGAAGUAAGCCGUAUCUCACAACAACAGACCGGAAAUAUAUCUGUCGAGUAUUUAUCGUGUAGUCGAUCAGAGCAGUUAAACGGAACCGUUUCCGGUCCUGAAAGAAGCUUUGCUGUGCUAUCAAACUCUGGGAAGCUAACUUGGCGUUAGCUGUCCACCGAACUGUUAUAGAGUCGGUCCUGUCAACAAUAUCCACAAAAACACAAGCUCAUCAGUUGGAGCGGACAGGAGGAGCUACAGGGAUUCAAGCAUCCCUCACCAUUAUCGGGCCCUGAGAUGACAUCACAGCAGCCUCACCUUCCCAAUGCUGUUAUUCCUCCCCAGAUUGCCCAGAACUCUUCUGCUCAGCAGGCCCGGCCUCACAUUCAGGUCAAUCAGCUGGACUCAAGUCAGAGCGGUGCAACCGCCGGGCCUCUGGAUCCAAGAUCUUUGACAAGCAGGCCGGGCUGCUCCGGGGUUGCAGCAUCUAGCGGGGAUGUGGCCAACAGGAACAAUUCUGCAUCCUGCACCAGCUCCAGCUUGUCCAGAAGAGAUGUGGGCUUUGAGCCGUGGCCUGAGGAAGCAGUGGACAACUCCCACGGGCUCUACUCACUUCACCGCAUGUUUGACAUAGUUGGAGCCCAGCUAACCCAUCGGGAUGUCAGGGUACUGUCAUUCCUGUUUGUUGAUGUGAUUGACGAGUAUGAGCGUGGUGGCAUCAAGAGUGGAAGGGAUUUCCUGCUGGCCCUAGAGCGCCAGGGUCGCUGUGAUGAGACCAAUUUCCGACACGUUCUCCAGCUUCUAAGGAUUAUCACCCGACAUGACCUGUUGCCUUAUGUCACACUCAGGAAACGGCAGGCCGUGUGCCCAGACCCUGUUGACAAGUACCUGGAAGAGACAUCGGUGCGCUACAUUUCACCAAGAGGAGCAGUACAGAGUAAAGACACCGCACCUCACAGAAGAACAGGUCCUCAGCCGGUCAUUUGCUGUUCGCCGUCAGGACCCCAUGUGGGCUCUCCCCGAACAAAGCCACCUCCCCCUGUACCAAACCGCAAACGGAGGAGAAGUCAUUCCUCGGCUGACUGCAGAGAGAAGCAAACAUGUGAUAUCCGCCUGCGGGUUCGUGCUGAAUACUGCCAGCAUGAGUCUGCGCUUCAGGGCAACGUCUUCUCCAACAAGCAAGAGGCGGUCGAGCGACAGUUUGAGCGCUUCAACCAGGCAAACACUAUCCUCAAAUCCCGAGACUUGGGCUCCAUCAUCUGUGACAUCAAGUUCUCUGAGCUCACCUACUUGGAUGCCUUCUGGAGAGACUACAUUAAUGGAUCAUUGCUCGAGGCCCUUAAAGGGGUCUUUAUUACAGAUUCCUUAAAACAGGCUGUGGGCCACGAAGCUAUUAAACUGUUGGUCAAUGUUGACGAGGAGGACUACCAGGCCGGGCGACGCAAACUGCUCCGUAAUUUGGUCACAAGUGGAGGGUGCCCACCAGGAGCCAGCAAAGACUUUGUAUCUUAGAUGCUCUCUUCAGGUGGUAGCAUAUGGGAGGAAAGCUGCUCCGCCUCCCCUACAGGAAGAAGCGUGAGACGUGGUUGUGUCGUUCGAGGUGCCUGAAGUGUGUGCCUGAAAGUAACUGAGGGACUCCUCGCCACUGCAGUGAUUCCUUCAGAGCCAUGGUCAUAGGAUAUCUACCUGGCACCCCUAAGCGUAGCAUGCGAGGUGAUUGGGAACUAUGUUAGCAAAAAGAAGUAGGUGCAUACAGGUUGACAUUAUUUUGAAUGUUAGGCUGUUCAUUUUCUUUGAGGAGGAGAACGCUGACAUGUGUGCAUUGACUUUAACACAUUUCUGGUAUGUUUGCUCAUUGAAAACACAUUUGUUAACUGAUGAUAGUCUUCACCACCUUUCAGUUCAAAAUUCAGUUCUUUUCAGUACAGGAAACAAACUUAAGGCUGACGAGUUCCUCCCAGUGGGAGAUGUACUUUAUUGUCAAACUGGUUCAUGUUUUUUUCCAAGUUUAUCAGGUAUAUCACAGAUUGAUUGGAUUAACCAAUAAGAGAGUGCUCUGUACAGUAUGUUAAAGAAACACACAGACCGUAGUUGACUUAAAAGUUGUUUUUCUAUUUCUUCCAGCUUAUUAUCCUGCUUUCCCAAGACUUUGCAGAGUUUCUUGUCUGUUGAAUCCUUUCAGAGCCUUUUUUGAUUGGCUCAUAUUUGGUUACUGUCAGCGUCAUUGUUUCUUGGGUUUGUUUUCACGGAUUCUUUGUUUUACAACAUGGCUCAUUACCAGCAGCUGUGAUUCUGGCCUAAUGUGAAAUUUCAGUUGUCCAGUCCCUGCCAAUAUUUCAAACUUUGUGGAUCGUUCACACCUGUUGAAUCGUAUCCAAAGAGUCAUUCACUGGUGAUUUGUUUGGAUUUAUAAAUCAGUGCCAGUUUCAUUGUCAGCUUGUACCUCUGCUCAUUCACCAUCUCACUCCUGUUCAGCCCUGACAGAACACUCAAAUUCACCAACAGCAGAUCAAAGUCACAGCCAGUGGAUGUAGUCAUCUCAGCUGUGCAGUUCAGAAGAUGCCAGAAAAAAUUGAAAUAAUUCACAGUGCCUGUUUCUGAGAAGUGAGAGAUAUUUCGGCAAGUUGUAGUUAAACUUAAGCAUGUUAACCCUUUGAAACCUGAGGAAGUUGGUUUAAUUCCUUUCAAAAACAUGGGGAGAGGGUGAUGAGCAACU